AGCUCUGAAAACGCGUCCCGGCUAAAAAAACAACAACCAGCCAAGAGGUUUGCUUGUCGUGAUUCCAUCAGAAAAAGCAUAAAUAUGAUUGAAAUAACGUGUAACGAUCGACUGGGCAAGAAGGUGCGCGUCAAGUGCAAUCCCGACGACACAAUCGGCGACCUCAAAAAACUCAUUGCGGCACAAACAGGCACCAAGCACGAGAAGAUUGUCCUGAAGAAGUGGUACACAAUCUACAAGGACCCCAUCCGCCUAUCUGACUAUGAAAUCCACGAUGGCAUGAAUCUGGAACUCUACUACCAGUAAAUCUGAAAGGCGAUUGUCCAUUUCCCGUGGUUGUCCGAUUUUUAUAGCUACUUUGAUAAAUAAACAAAUUUUGAAUUAAUAUUGUA